AUGAAUCCAAACAACCACUCGCUGCUUCCGCCGCGAAACCCCUCUAGCCCCCAUUCGUCGUCGGCCACCAGUCCUGUACAUAUUUCUAGGGACACCUCGCCCUUUACCGACCUGCCCCACCCUGAUGCCUUGGAGCUCGAAGACUACAAGAAGCACCGGCACCAAGACGACGACGACGACGACGACGACUUUGCCUGGGACGACAACUACGACCAAGACGAUAUAGCCAUGCCUUCCGACCUACGGCACCCAGGAGACAGCAGAUCGCAUGCUGCUCCCUUACUCUCNCCCGAGACCAAACAUCGCGACUACGAGUCCUCCCCUCCAGGCAGUGCCGCCCUCCGAGAGCGCCGCUCACGUCUCAGAGAGCGCGACCCCGACGUGGCCGCCGCCCAUGCCACCAAGCAAAAAUACACAUAUGCUGCCGCCUUUCUGGUCCUCAGCUUGAUCUCCUUCACAAUACAAACCGAGACGGCUGUAUACAUCCAACACUCGUUGCAUUGGAACAAGGCAUACUGCAUGCUAUACUUUACUCACGGCAGCUGGAUUCUGCUAUGGCCUACACAACUAGCCAUUUUGCGACUGCAGAAGCUAAGCAUGCCUUGGGAGUCNUUUUGGCGCAGACACAAGGCCAUUCUACGGAGUACAGCCCAGAUGGUCGAACAUCAGAGAUUGGACAUCCCACACCACAUGCAAAAGCAGUCGCCUAUUCCAUACUUUAUCAAGAUGACUUCCAUGGUCACUUGCGCGCUCACUGUCGCUGGCGGCAGUUGGUACGUCGCUGUCGAUCUGACCACAGCCUCCGAUCUGACCGCCAUCUACAACUGUUCCGCCUUUUUCGCAUACGCCUUUGCUAUCCCGCUAUUAGGAGAACAUUUCAAAUGGAACAAGGUCUUCGCUGUGGGAGUUGCCAUCGUUGGCGUGCUGGUUGUCGCAUACGGAGACGUCAGCCCCAGCAAGCACGGAAGCAAGUCCGGUGGUGGCGCAGGCGGCCCUACCGCCCCUGAACCUGAAGAAGCAUCCAACCGCGCCCUCGGUAACCUCGUCAUUGGUGUUGGCAGCGUGCUCUACGGCUUCUACGAAGUCUUGUACAAGAAACUCGCUUGUCCUCCUGAAGGAUGCUCCCCUGGCCGUGGCAUGAUUUUCGCAAACACUUUCGGCUCUCUGAUCGGUCUUUUCACUCUGACUGUCCUCUGGAUCCCUCUCCCUAUCCUACACUACACUGGCAUUGAAACAUUUGAAUUGCCUACCGGAGAGGCAGCUUGGAUGCUUCUCAUCUCCGUUAUGGCCAAUGCCACGUUUUCUGGUUCUUUCCUUGUUCUUAUUUCGCUCACGUCGCCGGUGUUGAGUUCCGUCGCUGCCCUGCUGACGAUUUUCCUGGUUGCUGUUGUGGAUCAAUUGCUUCCUCCGCCGCUGAAUCAGCCCUUGACUGGUGCUGCUGUUGUUGGUGGUUUGCUUAUCAUUGUAGCAUUCUUAUUGUUGUCAUGGGCCACGUAUAGAGAGAUGGCUGACGAGAGGCGCAAAAAGGAGAGUGAGGCUGAGAUUGAAAGCGAUAUCGAGAGUGUCAUUUAG